AACAGAAAGUCAGUUGAUGGGCUGCUCCUAAUCGGAAAGUUACUUCUACUUAUUCCAGGCGAGUAAGAAUCUUGUCGGAGCGGUCCGGCGCUAUGUAGAACUAUGUGAGGAAAAGUUCGAAAAACAUAAAUAAAUUAAAUAACAAACAGUAUUCAGGAGCGCCGCGCUAUCGCACCAAUACCGACAACCAAGGAUCGAUUGAUAAUCAUGUACGACGACGGCACGCGGAUGCUAUACCCGUGCCGUUAGAAACAUCCCGAACUCAGUUUCCGUCCAACCGGGUCCGUGAAAAAGUUACUUUCAAGAAUCGCUGCGAAGAAAUUAAAAGAGAAAACCCUACGUGUCAAAUUUACAAUUUGGUGUUAGGAAUUUGAAGUGAAUUCAAACCUUUGAGUGCACUUGUGCAGAACACACAAAAAAAAGGAUUCCAACUGACAGCAACCACAGUAGGCGGCGGGCGUUUUGUCGACCGUCCAAGUGGGAGAAUCCUCAAGCGGGAGGCGGUUGACAGUCUUUCGUCUUUCGUCGACAAAAUUCGUGGAAGCUCGAAUUCAGUUCAACAUAGCAAGCGGUGAUAAGUGAGAGUAAUUAGUGAAACGAGGAUUGAAAUUUAUCAGCAAUUAGCAGUGAACUCAGUUCAGGAAAAAUGUCCAAAUUGGAGCAUCAGCAAUCGACUCGGAAGAUGUUGAGCACCCAGAACAGUAACGAUUCCGUUGGAAUCCAGAAACACUGGAAUCUGGCGGAGAAAUGGGUCGCCAUUCUGUUCACAAUUGUCGCCUCCCUUGGAUACAUUUCGGUAGGAAUGAUGAUUGCCUGGAGUUCCAAUUCCUUCCCGAGGCUGCUGGUUAACGGGCAAGAUUUCUCCCUUGGCCCGGACCGGCACCAGCUGGAUGUCCCGAAAAACGACGUGCAGUUACUGUCGGAAAACCAGCGUUCUUCACUGGCGGCUACUCCGGCCCUGGCGGCCGCCCUCAGUGCCCUGGUUGUGUACAAACUCUACUACAGGGUCGGUACGAAAUUGUUCAUGCUAGCCGCGGCUACCCUGGCGAUUGCGGCCAACUUUCUGCUGUGUUUCGGCACUUCAUUCUGGUACUUCAGCGUCGGACGGGUCCUAGCCGGGGUUUCUGCCGGCAUAAUCUUCACUCUGGUGCCACCGUACGUGGAUGAGUUCGGUUCCAAGCAGUACAAAUCCCUGCUGGAUGUAAUCCUGUACGUGCAGUUUGCACUUGGCAUCCUGAUUCAGCUGAUGACAGGUCUCAUCCCGUUCGCCGAACUUUCCUGUGUGAUCAGUUCUGCUUUCCCCAUCUUUCUGUUCAUUGGAUUUCUGUUCCUACCGGAAUCCGCCCGGUACCUGUGCGCUACCCAACAGGUCAGCCGUGCCCGGACCAUCCUGACGAAAACUCACACCAGCGAUUCCCUGUCGGUGCAGAUCAUGGAAAACAGUUUGAAUCACUGGCAGCAAACGAAGUGCACGGAUGUAAAACUGCUGGAAAGUCUUCGAAAAUCACAAAACACUCGCAUCGUCAUCCCGACACUGGUCCUGAUCGUUUUCCAACAGUUCACCGGAGCCAUUCCGAUGAUGUUCUAUCUGAGCCGGAUCUUCACCCUUACCGACGGUUUGUACACUCCGGACUGGACGGCUAUCUACGUGGGUAUCAUUUUUACCCUAAGUCUACCGGUCUACCAGCUUCUGACGAUGAAACUCGGAGACUACAAACUACUGAUCUGGAGCGCGCUACUGAUGGCCGUUGCAAUGGCUGGCCUCGGUUGGCACUGCCAUGCCCAAGGAAUUCACGGUCAUUCGGACGAAUUCAGUCACAUUCCGUUGUUGUGCUACGGAGUUUUCCUCUUUCUGUAUGCCAUUAGUUUUCAACGAGUUCCCUGGAAAUGGUUAGACGAAAGUGUUGAAGAGGAAAACACUUUUCUGCUGCGGACAAUCGCAACCACGAUCAGUUGGACGGCGAUGUACUUCUGCGUACGGAUCCUACCGACAUUGAUCGGGCUGAUCGGUGUCGGAUGGCUGUUCUGGAACAUCACCGUAGUUCUACUGUUUGCGAUGACAUUCGUGCUGAUCGCACUGCCAAAUCUGGACCGCAAUGGCGUACGCAGUAAGACACUGGCCGAGUGCAGCAGUGCGUCUUCGUCCACGAAUCUGGAAACGAUGGACGCUGCAGUGUAGAGAACCGAGCAAUGCCACUCCUGACGACGCAAGGAGAGACGCUAACAGAAGACUGAUUGCACAUCAUUAACCGGACCUUAUUGUGAGGGAUUAACAAAAAAAAUUUAACCGGAAACCGAACAAUUCUAAUGCAAAGAGAUAGAUUUAACACAAAGGGGAAAAACCGAUCGAUUUGCGAGUGGUUUUGAUUGGAUUGCCUUAAAGUUUUGAAAUAAUUUUACUUAAUUGUCUAUCGAUAAGUUCAGUACCGGUGGUCGUUUAUCAAUCCACAGAAAGUUAGGUUAGGACGUAUUUUACGAAACAAUUUGAUGUUAUUUAACUGUUACAAUUGAGAAACUUUAUUUUGUUUAUUAAAUUUACAUGGAGUAUGUUAAUAA